AUGGCCAUUUCUAAAACCAAAAACACAAACGCUUCAAACACAUUGAGAUCAAUUUGGAAUUCUAAAAGCUCAGCAAAUCUUUGUACAAGCAGCUCAAUCUCAUCCUUCUUUUCUUCUUCAAUUCAGAAUAUCGGAAAAUCGAGUAUUAUAUCCAUGGAGAAGCCAGAAGGAUAUCCACAAGUAGAUGAUGUUUCUACAUGUAUAGAGGCACCAAGCACAAGCACAUCGUUUUUGGGCACCAAGAACGAUAUGUCACUUCUCGAAAGCGGUCUACUUAGAAGAAAUUUUAGUGACAUAGGUGAGAAUUACUACAGGUUCCAAUCAAAAGCUGGUAAGUCAGUUGAUCCAAGGUUGCUAGCGUUGGUAGAAUUCUUUAGGGAGCUCUAUUUUCGAAGGUUGGAACUAUUCAAGAAAAUCUUUCCAGGUGGUCAUGAUGAUAAGUUUCUUGAGGUGCCAAAGAAAUUGGGUUUGAUAUUUGCCAAAGUGAAACCAGAUCAAACCAAAGCCGUUCGGACUAUGCAACGGAGUUUAAGCAUUGGUUCACCGCGAGAUUUCAAAGGAUCCGAAUCGGAAAUGAGGCUGGAACGAUUCAAGGUAAGAACUAUUGAUGUAGAUGAUGGUGGUGGUGUACAAGGUGGCCAGGGUGGCCAGGGUAAUGAAAUUAAGUCCAACGGUUCUAAGUAGGAGUCAUUCUCGGUAUACUGCAGCCCUUCUGCACGAGUCAUUCACCUGUGACUCUGUGAGAGGGCUGCCGUGUGCCAAAGCUCUACUCAAGAAUUUCCCAUCGGGGGAAACAGAAAGGAAGAGGGUCAAGAUGGUGAAUGGUUUCUGAGCAAGUUGUGAGAAUAUUUUGACUUUUUGAUAGGAUAUUCUUUGUGGAUAUAAACAAAUAAUGGUGCCUGACUCUGCAGAACUGCACCAAAUUGAAACAAGUAUCUGACGAAAAAAAAAAAAGACAUUGAAGCAAGUUUCUUUGCAUAGAUUUAGCUUCAACAAUUGGUUUCAGCUUUUUAUUGUAAAAUGUGUUCAAUAAUUGAGUUUCACUCUGUACCUUUCAAUAAUGCAAGGCAAUAAUUUGGAGCCAAUCUCAGCUUUUAACCC